AUGAAUGAAGAAAUGGCAUUAUCGCCAAGUAAAGGAUUGAUAAAGCAUGAAGUAUUAUCACUGGACAGUGAACUAGAUCUACAUAAUUGUAUAGAGGAAUUUGACAGAGUAAUUUAUCAAAUACCUGAACAAUUUGCAUUAAAUGAGGAACAUUUAAACUUUUGUGAUUCAUCAAUUGUUCAUGACACAGCAAAUGACAUGAAGUUUGACCUAGAAAUCGACCAGAGAAGUGAUCGUGGAACAAUUCAUCACCAAAUCAAUGAGAAUGAGAUAAAUUUAACUAUCCGACCGGGGCAAGGUGAAUUUCUUGGUGAGCCGUCACACGCAACAAUUACGAUUGAGGGCACAAAUCCAGCAAUUCAUGCACGAUAUCGAUGUAAUUAUGAUGAAUGUAACAGAUCGUAUAGUACCGUUGGUAACUUGAGGACUCACUUGAAAACUCAUAAAGGUGAAUUCCGUUUCAAAUGUUCCGAGCAAGGAUGUGGAAAAGCAUUUUUAACAUCAUACUCUCUAAAAAUUCACAUUCGAGUGCACACAAAAAUAAAACCAUACGAAUGCACGGAAUCAGGAUGCGAGAAGGCAUUCAACACACGCUACAGAUUGCGUGCUCAUUUACGUCUUCAUAAUGGCGAAACAUUCAACUGUUCAAUUUGCUCAAAAUUCUUUACGACUCUCUCGGAUCUUAAAAAGCAUUUUCGUACGCACACUCAAGAACGUCCUUUUAAAUGUCGUGAGUGCUUAAAGGCAUUUACAGCGUCACACCAUUUAAAAACACAUUUAAGAAUUCACAGUGGCGAGAAACCGUACUUAUGUAAAAUAGAUCAAACAUGCUCAAAAGCAUUUUCAACGCCACACAGUCUAAAAUCUCACAUAAAAACCCACGAGAAAAGAGCUAAAAGCUCAGUUACAACAAUAAAUCGAAGCAAUACCAAAGAAAUUAGUUUUACAACGUCUACAGACUUAAUGACGUCAUCAAAUGCAUCAUCAUCUGAUGACGGCGAUACAUACAUGAAUACAUUAAAUAUGUUACAAUUUCAAGUUCUGGAUGAUAAUGGAAAUAGCAUAAAGCUUGAACCAUACUUUAAUAAUUAUAUAUCUCCAUCGGCAUCAUCACCAGAACAGACUACAAAUGAGGCUAUGGAACUUGCACUUGCAAAUGAGGUCGAAUUGAAUGAGCAUCAGUGGGUUGACAUAUCAACAUUGGCAGCAAAAUCAGUACUUCCAUCAACGCCCGUAACAUCGCAAUGUAUUGCAAUAUCAACAGUCGUUCCAACCUAUAUUGACUUACCGACAUAUCAAAUACAAAAUACCAAUGGCAUGUUUAUGGACCAACAAUCAGCACAGCCAACAAUGAAUGAUUUUAUUAUGUCAAAUAGCAAUCAAGACUCACAAAUGGAAGUCGAUUCAAUUAAUAAAACUUUAAAGUCAAUCACUGCAGAUGCAGGCAUUUGUGGAUGUACAAACUGUAAAUGCGAUCCAAUGCAAGACGGCGGAUGUUCUGGCUCGUGUGAGACAACAAAACCAUGCGGUGGAAAAAAGGAGAAGACUGUGAGGCAAACACAGAAUGAAAUUGAAGCUGACACGAACAAAUUGAUUGAGGAAAUUGAUUCACUGAAUGUUGAUACCUCAAAGCCAGCACCGAAUGGAACAUGCGGAUGUAUAAGCACAAAAGAUGCUGUUGAUAAGGGAUGCUGUGUUGUCAUUUGCCUGAAGACUUUAGAGACAAUGAAAGCUGAGAAUAAAACUAUUGAUGAUAUUAUCGAUCAAAAACCUGUUUGUUCCAGUCAUUUUGUACUUUGA